CUAGCAAGAAAGCGACACGCAUCUGCCUAUCCACAAAGUCUCUCUCCCUCCAAAACCCAUCCAUCCUCCGCUAGCUGUGCGGCGCGGGCACCGCCACUCUCGCCGCGCGGCGCCUCCCCUGGCCUCCUCCUCCGCCGCCGCUUCUAUUUAACUGCCCACCUCCCUCUGCCGCCUUACUCUUCCAUCCACCUGUCGCGACUCCGACUCCACCAUCACACAAUGCAAGCGCCCGCCCACGCCCUCGGGCUCCGCCUCCCGCCUCCCCCCUCCCCACGCCGCCGCCACCGCGCUCGCCCGCGCCCCGCCGUCCGUGCCGCGACGUCGGCGGCGCCGCGGCGGGAGACGGACCCCCGGAGGCGGGUGGUGAUCACGGGGAUGGGGCUGGUGUCCGUGUUCGGGAGCGACGUGGGCGCCUUCUACGAGCGCCUCCUGUCGGGGGACAGCGGGGUGGGCCCCAUCGACCGCUUCGACGCCGCCAGCUUCCCCACCAGGUUCGCGGCCCAGAUCAGGGGGUUCUCGUCGGAGGGCUACAUCGACGGCAAGAACGACCGCAGGCUCGACGACUGCCUCCGCUACUGCAUCGUCAGCGGCAAGAAGGCGCUCGAGAGUGCGGGGCUCGACAAGGGCUCCGACGCGCACGCCAAGCUUGACAAAGUGCGCGCUGGAGUUCUCGUGGGAACUGGCAUGGGUGGCCUUACAGUGUUUUCCGAUGGCGUUCAGAAUCUCAUUGAGAAGGGACACAGAAAAAUUUCCCCUUUCUUUAUUCCGUACGCUAUAACUAACAUGGGCUCAGCGUUGCUUGCGAUGGAUGUUGGUUUCAUGGGUCCGAACUACUCAAUUUCAACUGCAUGCGCAACCUCCAACUAUUGCUUUUAUGCUGCUGCCAACCAUAUACGUCGUGGUGAGGCUGAUAUUAUUGUUGCUGGUGGUACUGAAGCUGCAAUUAUCCCCAUUGGUCUCGGAGGUUUUGUGGCCUGUAGAGCUCUAUCACAGAGGAAUGAUGACCCAACAACCGCAUCUAGGCCAUGGGACAAAGAGAGAGAUGGCUUUGUCAUGGGUGAAGGUGCUGGUGUACUGGUUAUGGAGAGCCUGGAGCAUGCAAUGAAGCGUGAUGCACCAAUAAUUGCAGAAUAUUUGGGAGGGGCGGUGAACUGCGAUGCUUACCAUAUGACUGAUCCUAGAUCAGAUGGACUGGGUGUAUCAUCCUGUAUCACUAAGAGCCUCGAAGAUGCAGGUGUUGCACCUGAGGAGGUGAACUACAUUAAUGCGCACGCAACUUCCACACUUGCUGGUGACUUGGCUGAAGUAAGAGCCAUUAAACAAGUCUUCAAUAAUACAUCUGAGAUUAAAAUUAAUUCAACAAAGUCUAUGGUAGGCCAUUGCCUAGGUGCAGCUGGUGGAUUAGAAGCUAUUGCCACAGUAAAAGCCAUAACUACUGGAUGGGUGCAUCCUACCAUUAAUCAGUUUAACCCAGAGCCUGAAGUUGAAUUCGAUACAGUAGCCAAUGAAAAGAAGCAGCAUGAAGUGAAUGUUGCCAUCUCUAAUUCCUUUGGAUUCGGGGGACACAAUUCGGUGGUGGUAUUUGCACCAUUCAAGCCAUGAUUUGUCCUUGCUACAGAUGUAUACAGCCUGCAACACCUUCUCACGACUGGUAAUUUAGCAGGAGUUUGUUAGAUGUAGCCUAUGUUUUUCCUUUUCUGAUUUCCGGCUUCAAAGGAACAAGUUUUGAUUGAUCGAGUGAUGCUGCGACAACCGGAUGCGGUUGUUUAGAUGCCAAUUCGUUUGGGUGCCCCUCAUGUAUGUCAUAUAUUGUACGAAAUAUGGAAGGAUGUAAAACAAACUAUAAUUCAGACAUCCAGUUUACUA